AGAAGAACGGCCCUAUUUAGGCCAGUCGGUGUAGAUCACCGCUCUCGAAGCCACGAAAGUCUCUCCGAAGUGGUGUUGAUGGUUUUUGAAUUUUUUUAUUCGUUCAUGUACUAUUGUUAUCUAUUGUACGUAGACCGAGAUCGAGCAUCGUAGUCGUUAUCAUCAAGAAGGGCUGUGAUCGCGAACAUUAUCAUAUAAAUCACAAUAAUUUUUAAUCAAUGACAAUGGAAAGUAGGUGGUGUGCCAGUGUUUUGUUUAUCUGCCUCAGCCUUGGAACUUCCGCAGUGUUCGGUGUCCGCGACACUUCCUGCCCUAGAAUAUGCAGUUCACAAAAUUACGGAGAUCCUGUUUGCGGAACGGACGGUAUAAUUUACCCAAACAUAUGCGAACUAAGGAAAAAAGCAUGCGGCAAAGGUGUGAAGUUAUCACCGGAUCCAAAAUUAUGUAUGCGAUCAACUGGUUCAAAAUGCGAGCAUAAAUGCGGAAAUGAAAAGGAUUCGGUUUGCGGAACAGAUGGGAGGACAUAUUUGAACAGGUGUAUGCUACAAGUGGAAAUUUGUAGAAUAGGAAUUUCGCUUUCCCACCUUGGCCCGUGUAACAACAUCAGUGCGCACAGGGAGAACUGCCCCAUCGACUGCCUUCAAGCACCUCAAGACGGUCCUGUUUGCGGCAGUGAUGGAAAUGUAUACAAAAAUACAUGCCAAAUGAAACUUCUAACAUGCGGGCAAGGAGUUGUAAGGACAAACAAAAAAUACUGCCAAACAACAAGACAUUGUAGAGAGUCAUGCUGGAGAAAUGCAAGGCCUGUUUGUGGUUCAGACGGAAAAAUGUACGCGAACGUGUGCAGAAUGAAAUCGAAAAAUUGCGGAAAACACGUUUUUGAAGUCCCAAUGGCCUUUUGCACAAGUCAAGAAAGAACACCGCACAGCACAGUAUGUCCUACAAGUUGCGGCAAUGAAAUCGAAAAACCAACUUGCGGAUCCGAUGGCUACGUUUAUCAAAGCGAAUGUGAACUUAAAUUGCUGAAUUGUGGGAAAGCAAAUAAAAAAGUUUCUCGAGUAGAUUUCGAAAAGUGUAGGCCAAAAUUGUCGAGAUGUCAAAAGACGAAAUGUCCAUCAGACAUGGACCCAGUGUGUGGCACAGAUGCGAAAACAUAUACUAACCCUUGUCAGCUCAGUAUCGCGACUUGUCUCAAAGGGGUUCAAAUGGCUCAUAUUGGAAAUUGUACGACCCUUAAACGAUCACAAUCUUGCCCUUCAGAUUGUGAUAACGAAACCAAAGAACCAGUGUGCGGAUCGGAUGGAAAUGUUUACAAGUAA